AUUUUCGUCAUUCACAAUAAUCUAACAAUAACAGACUGAUCAUCCUUCCCCUUCAUCUCUUCCUCUUCCUUCCGGUGUUUAACCACUCUCUUGUCGCCAUCUAACAUUUGUAACAGCCUUAUUUAGUCGAAUGCAUUUGCUACUGCAUUUGUAUGUAUCUCAGCAAACAUUUGCAAAUGGGGGUUUAUCUGAGCUCCCCAAAAACUGAAAAAUCCUCGGAGGAUGGAGAAAAUGACCAACUUCGGUAUGGCGUGUCCUCCAUGCAGGGUUGGCGUGCAACCAUGGAAGAUGCUCAUGCAGCUUUUCUGGAUUUGGACAAUUCUACGUCUUUCUUUGGGGUUUAUGAUGGUCAUGGAGGUAAGGCGGUUUCUAAGUUCUGUGCCAAGUAUCUUCAUCGACAGGUGGUCAAACAGGAAGCAUACUCAGCUGGAGAUAUAGGCACUUCUGUACAGAAAGCUUUCCUUAGAAUGGAUGAGAUGAUGCGUGGACAAAGGGGUUGGAGGGAAUUAGCCAUAUUGGGUGAUAAGAUAGAACAGUUAGCUGGUAUGCUAGAAGGCCUAAUAUGGUCUCCUAAGGCUGGUGAAGUACAUGAUAAUUUUGAUUGGCCUUCUGAGGAGGGGCCUCACUCAGAUUUUCAGGGACCAACAUCUGGAAGCACAGCAUGUGUUGCAAUCAUUAGAAACAACCAACUUGUAGUCGCAAAUGCUGGUGAUUCUCGUUGUGUAAUAUCGAGGAAGGGUCAGGCAUAUAAUUUGUCCAAAGAUCAUAAGCCUGAUUUAGAGGCUGAGAAGGACAGGAUUUUGAAGGCUGGUGGUUUUAUCCUAGUUGGCCGUGUUAAUGGAAGUUUAAACAUGGCAAGGGCAAUUGGAGAUGCGGAGUUCAAGCAAAAUCAAACUUUGCCAGCUGAAAAACAGAUUGUAACUGCCAAUCCUGACAUUAAUACUGUGGAGCUUUGUGAUGAUGAUGAGUUUCUUGUUUUAGCAUGUGAUGGAAUUUGGUUAGUUACUUCCUGGUCUAAAUUUUAUACACAGUUUUUAGUGAAAGACUUGAUCACAUUGCCAUUUUUUAAUUUAUUUCUUUCCCAUAUAACUUAGGCAUCCUUGUGUGAACAUAAUCAUGAAGAAAAUUGAGAGGAAAAAAUAUUCUUCUUCUUGUUUCUUGAUGAAUGAUUUACACAUAUAUAUACAAAUCUACUACUUCUAACAGCCUAACAAAUUUUGGAGAAAUUCUAACAAAAUUCUAGUUUGAAGAAGAAAUUUAUUGGUGAUAACCUCCAUGUACAGCACAUAACAACUAUAAAUAACCAUAUUUAAUCCUAAUUUAUUCUUCUAAUUAUUUUAUU